AGCUUCUUCGUUUUCGCUCUCUGCGUUGCCUUGAAGCGUUCCAAUUUGAUUGGGUUAUUAUUCUGAAGCAGAGGCCGCUGGUUGCAGUUGACGAUGGCUGUUCCCGACAAGGAUCCGAGAGAGGAAGUGAUUCAGGCAUGGUAUAUGGAUGAUAGUAAUGAAGACCAGAGGCUUCCUCAUCACCUUGAUCCGAAGCAAUAUUUGUCCCUCCAACAACUUGAUGAACUUGGAGUUCUGAGCUGGAGACUGGAUGCAGACAAAUAUGAAACAGAUGAGGAAUUGAAGAAGAUACGUCGUGAUCGUAAUUACUCCUACAUGGACUUUUGCGAGGUCUGUCCAGAAAAGCUUCCUAAUUAUGAAGAGAAGAUUAAGAACUUUUACGAGGAACAUUUGCACACCGAUGAGGAGAUCCGUUACUGUGUGGCAGGGAGUGGUUAUUUUGAUGUUAGGGAUCUGAAUGACAAAUGGAUUCGUAUUUGGGUAAAGAAGGGAGCAAUGAUUGUCUUACCUGCUGGAAUUUAUCAUCGCUUCACUCUGGAUUCUGACAACUACAUCAAGGCUAUGCGACUCUUUGUUGGUGAUCCUGUCUGGACUCCUCACAACCGUCCCAACGAUCAUCUUCCCGCGAGGAAGGAGUAUCUAAAAAUUUUUGUGGAGAAAGAAGGUGGUAACCAAACCAUUAACGCUGCAGCUUGAACUCUGCUCGCGCUUCUGAAGUUGGAUUGGGUCUUAGCUGUCGAACCCGUUACUAUUUGUAUGAUCCGGUAUGCAUGUCCUUUCUUCGGUAUGCCCGAUGCCUAGGCUCAUGCGAAAAGUAAAAUAGUUUGUACUCUGUCUUUUAUGUGGUGUUUCUGAAAUAUAUAUAAUCCUAGCGUGUGGUAUAAGAUGGAAUAAAAAUUAAACAAUCAGCAGUGUUUGUGCAUUA